AGCCACGGGGAGAUGAAGAAGGAAAAAACGUAUCAAUGUUUUGGGAGUUUCUCGGUGGGAGGGAUUUUUGCUGCAGGAAACUUUAAGGUGGCGUGCAGAGCUCAAAGGCUGAAGUCUCCGAGAAGCACACGAACAAGAGAGUGAAGAGCAUCUCCGCUCUCAGACACCUGAUGAGCAUCUUCCAAACUCUCCGAGCCCCGAGCAACGGAUCUGCCCAACACGUUACUGGUUUUCUCGGUCUUAAUCGAAGAACAAUAACAACAGAAGCUCUGUUAAUAUUGGAGAACCUCAUCAGGGACCGGUAGCCUAUCACUUCGACUGUCAGAGAUGGCACUGUCUUUCCGACGCAGGUGUUUGCUUUUGCUGUGUUUGACAGCUGUCCAGGGAGGUCAUGCUGCCGUUCAGACCUGCAUGGACAAACAUCAGGUGGUCGGGGUACUUCGUCAAAUGGAGAAGUUCCUGAAAGGCCAGGAGAUGAGGUUUACCGAGGGCCUCAGGAUCAUGAAGUCGAAGCUGGCGACGCUUCAGAACUCUGUGUCCAAGUUACCUCAAGCAGACCAGUCGGCUGCUCCCACCGCUUGCCCUCCUCUGGAAGCCCCUGCUCAUGGAACCAAGUUUGGCUCAAAGUACUUUGUCGGACACGAAGUUCAUUUCACUUGCUCCCAGGGAUACCAACUCGCGGGGUCCGCCACACGUGUGUGCCGGGACAACGGCACCUGGACUGGUGUCGGUGUCGUCUGUAAAGAUAUAAGUGAGUGUGCGAGUAAUCCCUGCCAGAACGGAGGAACCUGUGUGGAAGGUGUUAACCAGUACAAAUGCACCUGCCCCCAGAACUGGAGUGGUUCUCACUGCCAGCACCAAACACAGACAGCCCCACCUGAGUGGAGUGUUAUGAAUGAUCCUGCGUUCAGCCGGAGACCCCGCUGUGCCCAGGUGAACCGAGCCCAACACUGCAGCUGCGAUGCCGGCUUCCACAUGAGCGGCACGUCCGACAACAGCAUCUGUCAGGAUGUGAAUGAGUGUGAAGUGUACCGUCUGGACCAAGGAGGGAAGCUGUGUGUCCACGAGUGUGUCAACGUCCCCGGCUCGUACCACUGCUCCUGUCCCAGUGGCUACAAGUUGCUCCCGGAUGGGCGGAGCUGUGAGGAUGUGGACGAGUGUUUAAGCCAGCAGCACAACUGCAGCCGAGGCAUGACUUGUAUCAACACAGGCGGAGGCUUUCAGUGUGUCAACCCGGAGUGUCCCCGCUCUCACGGCAACAUCAGCUACGUGAUGACGUCUCCUUUCCAGUGUGAGAGAAACCCCUGCCCGAUGGACAGCCGCUCCUGCCACGUCGCUCCAAAGACCGUGUCCUUCCACUACCUGUCUCUGACCUCCAACCUGCAGACUCCUGCAACCCUUUUCCGCAUGGCGACCGCCUCCGCCCCAGGGCGCACCGGACCCGACAGCCUGCGUUUCGGCAUAGUGGGCGGAAACUCUCGAGGCAUGUUCGUCAUGCAGCGCUCAGACAGACAAACCGGUGAACUCAUACUGGUGCAGCAGCUACGGGGGCCGCAGGAGAUCAGCGUUGACGUGGACAUGUCUGAGUACAGUGACCGCACCUUUCAGGCCAAGCACGUGGCCAGGGUCCAUGUCAUGGUUUCGCCUUAUAACUUCUAAGACUGAGCUCAGAAAGGAGGGGAAACUGGAAGCAAACAGCUGAAGAAGAACGUGCGAGAAUGAGUUAUUCAGCGCCAUUUACCAUGUUGACACGACGGCCAUCUUCCUUCUGUGACACAUUAAACAAAAACAACCGCUAACCGUUGAAACUGCUACAUGAAAACAAAGAAUUUAAAAAACUUUUUACAACCAAAUUAAGGAAACCCAGAGUGCAAUCAAGCUUUAUUUCAAAUAUAUUUAAAGAUCCAUCAGCUAAGGUUAGCAUCAAACUUUUCUCUUCACCCUCUAAUAAAGUUAAUAAAGUGUUGCUGGAGCUUUUUGACCAGUUUGACACCACAGGAGAGUUGGAAAUGUAUAGUGGUUUCCAGUAAUGCUAGCCAGCUAAUAUGGACCAUCCUCUGGCUCUUUUUACCGUUGCUAUUUAAAUGCUAACAAGCUGUUGAUGUAGCUUAGCAUUUGUCGGAUUGCGUGAUCAAAUGUUUUGUUUUAACUCUAAAUAUUCCUCCAGACUUUCUCUUUUUAUUGUCUUUUCAGUCAUCGAUCAGAAGAUGAUGACAUUUAGGAGAUUGUUUGUAUUAAAGAAAAAAUAUGUAGAUUCCACCACCAGGGGGCUCUCAAUCAAAACUACAUUUACAAAAAAUGACGGCGAUGCUAGCGGAGAAUCAUGGGAGUUCUCUCAGCUACUCUCUCCCCCCACCGCCACAACGGGUUAAAAAACGACAUCCGCGUUGACGUAGUGAAGAUGAACGGGUGAAUCCGACCUGAGGAAGAGAACAUGUUCACCGACGAGCUAAUGUAGCCUAGUAUAAUUUACAUGACGUUUUUAUCACAGCAGCACAAACAGCAACAGCACGGCAGCUUUCAGUAGCAGCUCACGCUUCCUUAUGUAGCAGUAUUUGACGUAACAUCUGGUGUUUCCACGGCAACGAUAAACAGUCCGUCUGUCAUGGCGGCUGCCGCGACAAGACCCGUACCGUUACAACUAUAUAAUGAAGGAUUUCUCUGGCUUUGAUAACUGUUGGAAAUAUUUGAGGUAAUGUAAGAACUCAACAAAAAAAUAUAUACAACAUUGGUUUAGUACAUUUUAAACAUAAAAUUCAACAUAUUGUAUAUUUAAUAUGCGUCAGGCGAGCCGUGCAUAGCAGUAAAAACACUAUGAUGGCGUUUGUGCUUCCCAGUCUGAGCGAUUGCUGUGUGAAUAUGGUAAAUGGGGCCUGAGAUAACUGAUACUGCGUCUUCUUUUCAGGAUUUCAUUAACUGAGAAGUGAAGCUGCGGGCGAGAAUUUGUUCAGAUGCAAAGUUACCCAAGAGAGAGAGCGAGCGAGUGUGUGAAGCGCCAGAUUUAAACAGCUGUAUUAUAAAUAACAACGGCAGGACUGCAACUGUAUGAAAGAAGUGGACGAUGUUGUUUUACUUUAAAUGAAAACUAUAAUUGUUUUGACAAAGAAUUUAAACUCACUGUACGAUUGAGACCAUAAAUUAUUAUUUUUUAUUAAUGAGGUCAGGAAGGCUUAAGUCCAACAGCAUAUUUUAGCAUUCAACUUACUGCGAGCUAACGUCGUAUAAGCUAGUUAAAGACAGGGUUGGUCAAGCUUUGAAAAGUAACACCUCCUCAGGGCUUAACACACCCCCUACCCUCGGGACUCCUUAGAAAGCCACGCCCCCCACACAUAUGCACGAGCGCCACCGUAUCACAACUACUAGCAGAGAGAGGACCUCAUCACAUUGGUGGUUCUAUGUCGCUUUAUCAGAGAGGAUCAAAGAUGGCCAAUGUCACGGUUUUAUAACCAGAUAACCUGCGCCAAAUAUCGCAGUGUCAGAAAUUUACAAUCAUCUCACAAUGUGAAUGCUUCUUACGAUCUGUUAACUAACCAACCAGCCGGCUUUCUGCUGACCGCCGUGGCAACCUCAGCUCGAUCAGGUUGACUCACACUGAUGACGCUGCGUGUUGACUUGCAUGCAGCCUACGAAACACGAGAUACUUCAUUGCAGAGUGCAUGCAUGUCGUACCCAACAUUAUAAGAUCCGCGUCGCACAGUGUGGCUGCAGUUACCUUAUGAGAUUGCAUAAAU